CUAUGGAGAGUGUUCUUGCUAAAGAAUUUUCCUGAGCGUGAUUAAAAAUUAUCAGUAAUUCAUAUUUAUAACAGUUUUCUUAGGUUAUCUCAUUUAUGGCUUGUUGGAGCAGUAUGGUCGAUUUGGUAAUGCCAUUCUUCAUUAUACGGAACUUGCUGCCUUCUUUGAUCAAACAGAAAGAGAAGCAUCUGAAUGCUUAACUACUGCCUACAAAAAUGGUACAUUUUUACAAGUGCCACGAGUAGUUGAAUUCCUUAAUAAAAUCAAUAAAUCAUGUAUGGCUGUUGGUGCCGAUAUUUUAAAUCGGGCUUUAAGUGCUUGUUUUGCGGUUGAUAAAGUUCAACAUGUUAUCGAUACUAUGUAUGGGGACGAAGAACCAAUUGGCAAUCAUUUGUUGAUGAAAUCAAUUGCUGCCAUUGGUCGUUCCAAAUCGACUUCAAAACACCUGUCCACUUUUGUAGAACAGUUAAGGAAGCACGUGGACCACUGCAAACAAAUAUAUAAAGAGGGCGAUAAUCAGCCUGAUUUAUUGCAAUCUUCAAUACCACUUCACUUGAAUGAACUCGUAAAUACACCCAAAAUUGAUCUGUUGUUGCUUCUUUUGAAAUCAUCUGUCAGUGUAGUUGAGUAUUCAGAGAAUAUUAGGUCUUCUAAUAUAAUUGCACAGGUUAAUGUCGAGAAAUUGCUGCACUGCUUGCCAAAUCUUGCUGAAGUCCAGGAUUCGGUUUUUGCUGCCGUUUCUUCAAAAUUUUCCAUGGGUCCUUUUUGUUUUCACUCAAUACUGCGGCAUUGCAGUAUGGUACUACAGGUGCUUUCAUUCGCUCAGUUGAUUGUUACACUGCUAGAUAUGGUUCUAGAUAGUACUCUUUCUUGUUCCUUCAAUCAAGGAAAUAGAAGGAGCAAUCUUUCCAAGAAUCAACGCAAGAAUAUGGUUCUGAAUAGAUUGUACCAAGUACGGAAGAGAAUAAAUGAAGGUAUUGAGUUGGUGAAUGCUCAGUUAACUGACGCUUCAAAAGUAUACAAAGAUGACCUUAUUCCUCCGAUAAGUUAUGAAUAUAGUGAAGUAAGUUGCUCCUAG